GAAGUGUUGGAUCCGUGACAACGGCCAAACACGCUGGAACCUAAAGACCAAUGGGCGCAGUCAAAGCUGUGUUCUUACAAGUGCAAAUAAACUAAACAACAAUGUCAAUUUCCACCGCUCGCUCGUUCUUGUCGGAGGCUUGUUAUGGGGAACAAGAGCUCGACGCCAACUCCGCUCUCAUGGAGCUGGACAAAGGGCUGCGGUCGGGGAAGCUGGGGGAGCAGUGUGAGGCGGUGGUGCUCUUCCCCAAACUCUUCCAGAAGUACCCGUUCCCCAUCCUCAUCAACUCCGCCUUCCUGAAGCUGGCAGACAUCUUCAGACUUGGGAACAACUUCCUGCGCCUGUGUGUGCUGAAGGUGACCCAGCAGAGCGAGAAGCACUUGGAGAAGAUCCUCAACGUGGACGAGUUCGUCAAACGGGUGUUCUCCGUCAUCCACAGCAACGACCCCGUGGCCAGAGCCAUCACGCUGAGGAUGCUCGGUAGUUUGGCCUCCAUCAUCCCCGAGAGGAAGAACGCCCACCACAGCAUUCGCCAAAGUCUGGACUCUCACGACAAUGUGGAAGUCGAGGCUGCCAUAUUUGCCGCAGCGAGCUUCUCCGCACAGUCAAAAGACUUUGCAGCUGGGAUUUGCAACAAAGUCAGUGAGAUGAUUCAAGGUUUGGACACUCCGGUGGAGCUGAAGCUGAAGUUGAUUCCCAUGCUGCAGCACAUGCACCACGACGCCAGCUCGGCGUCCAGCAGCCGAGAGCUCCUCCAGCACCUGGUCAGCUCGUAUCCCUCCACACCCAUGGUCAUCGUCACCCUGCACACCUUCACCCAGCUGGCUGCCUUCUCCCUCAUUGACAUCCCUAAGCAGUUACAACUCCUCCUUCAGUACCUGAGAGACGACCCGAGAAAAGCUGUGAAGAGACUCGCCAUUAAUGAUCUCAAGCUCCUGGCGAAGAAGGCUCCUCAUCUCUGGAUCAGAGAAAACACUCAGACUCUUUGUGAGUGUGCCCUGACAAGCCCCUACGACAGCUUGAAGCUGGGCAUGUUGGCCGUCCUCUCCACCCUCUCUGGAACAAUUGCAAUCAAGCAGUACUUCAGUAACAUGACAGGUGGCUCUUCGGUCCCCCCUCGGCUCACCGACCUGGUUAAACUGGCACAAGAAUGCUGUUACCACAGCAACCUGGCAGUGGCUGCUCACGGGGUCAUCGUGCUUUCCAACAUCGCCGUGUCCUGUCCAGAAAAAGAUAUCGUGCAGUUGGAGCAGGACACAGUUUUGGGAGUUGAGUCCCUCCUGAUGCUUUGCAGUCAGGACAGCAGCCCCAGUGCCCAGGCAACGCUCAAAACGGCCCUCACCUCGUUGGUAAAGAUGCUGAAGAGUCGACCCCACCUCAGCCAGUCGGCCGUCGAAUUCCUGCUCGGCCAGCUCCACUUGUCCUGUGACUCCUCUCGCGUGCUUAUGUGCCACGCUCUGGCAGCCAUCGCCACCCACCUGCCGGUGCUGGGCGAUGGUAUGCUGGGCGACCUGGUGGACCUCUACCGGGUGGCCAGUCACUCGUCCACCGACAAGCAGCAAGAGCUUCUGGUCUCCUUGGCAACAGUGAUUUUUGUCGCCAGCCAGUCAUCUUUGUCAGCUGAUGUGAAGACGGUCAUCAAGCAACAGCUGGAGAAUGUAGCUAAUGGCUGGACGGUGUACCGCAUCGCACGGCAAGCCUCACGCAUGGGAUGCCACGAGUUCUCCAGCGAGCUAUACCAGAGUCUCCGGACCCGCGUGGCGUCGGAGCACUUCUACUUUUGGCUGAACAGCCUGAAGGAGUUCUCGCAGGCCGAGCAGUGCCUGAGUCACGUGGAGGACAGCGACUACAGCGGAGCCAUGGGCGCCAUCGCCGAGGCCCUGCGCUCCUACCAGAAGGGCAUCGCCUCCCUCACGGCUGCCAGCACUCCUCUGAGCCCGCUCACAUUCCAGUGCGAGUUCAUUAAGCUGCGGAUCGACACCCUGCAGGCCCUGUCGCAGCUCAUCUGCACCUGCAACAGCCUGAAAACCAGCCCCCCUCCCGCCAUUGCCACCACCAUCGCCCUCACCUCAGGCAAUGACCUGCAGCGCUGCGGCCGCAUCUCACUGCAGAUGAAGGUGUGCAUGGACGAGUUCAGAAGUCUCGCAGCGCGCUACGCUGAUUUACACCAGUCCUCGUUCGACGCAGACUACGCCACCCUUCGUAACGUGGAGCUACAACAGCAGAGCUGUUUGCUUGUUUCGCACGUGAUAGAAGCUUUGAUUCUGGACCCACAGGCAGCCAGUUUUCAGGAAUACGGCACCCUGGGAACGGUUCAGACGGAGAGCGAAUACGAGCGACGGAUGAUGUCGGUCUUCAACCACGUGCUGGAGGAAGUGGAGGGCCUCACCAAGAAACACCCCCCGGUGUCGUACCUGCACACAAGUUGUCUGUGUGACGCUGUUAUAGCUUUGCUCAAGGUCCCGCUGUCCUUCCAGAGGUACUUCUUCCAAAAGCUGCAGUCAACGAGCAUUAAGCUCGCCCUCUCUCCAUCUCCCCGAACACCGAGUGAACCGAUCCCGGUGCAGAACAACCAGCAGCUGACUCUGAAAGUGGAGGGGGUCGUGCAGCAUGGCUCCACUCCAGGACUCUUCAGGAAGAUCCAGUCCGUCUGCCUCAACGUCACCUCAGUUCUCCAGAGCAAGACAGGCCCUGACUACAAGAUUGCACUCGACGCGAAGACCAAUGAGAUUGAGCAGCGUGUCGAACCGCACAACGACUACUUCAGCACCCAGUUCCUGCUGAAUUUCUCCAUCCUCGGCACGCACACCGUCACCGUGGAGGCAUCCGUGGUGGACGAGAGCGGCACCGAGUGGAAGACGGGGCCCAAGACGACGGUGUCGGUCAAGUCCCUGGAGGACCCGUACUCCCAGCAACUCCGCCACCAGCAGCAGCAGCAACAGCAACAGCAGCAACAGCAGCAGCAGCAGCAGCAGCAGCAGAGUGGAGCACAGCCUGCUCCUCAGAGGGGAGCGGCAUAUUCCCGCUUCUGAAAAAACGUGCCCCUUGAUGCUUUUUUUUCUGCUGUCAAAAACAGCUUUAGCUCGCGUGCUUGGUCCAUUUUGUUUCAUAGAAACUGAAUAUGUAAAUAUAUUUUUUGGGGGGAAAUGAUUAAAAGACCAGAUUUCAUUUUA